AUGACGCAUUCGAAUGAUGUAUGUUGCAUGAAUUGUAUUGGCUUGCAGUUCGAAUCGGAAUCACAUUCCCAGCAGCACCAAACAUCAAACAUGCAUUUGUUUUGUGCACCAUACGGAUAUGCUAUAAAUAGCAAAAUGGUUUCUGGUCCUGGCACACUUCUGGAUGACAAUGAUGAUGAUGAUGCUGCUGCUGCUGAUAACGAUCACUGGGAUGUUUAUAUUUCGGGCACUUUAACUGGAUGGUAG